UUUACAUGUUACUGACAACCAUGGCUCAAUCCAUGGAUGAUGACCGGAGUCAAAUUUUCGAAAAUUAGGCGCAUUACUUGUCUUUAUGUGACCCAAGAUAGUUAAAAAGGUACCCGAUGAUGACAGUAUACCAUUUAAAUGUCUUAUAUUGAAGGUUUAGUGCGUUACUACGAUAAGCAUCAGUGCUAAGUUUAGGCUAGCUAACAAUAUGGGAGUCUUUGUACAGCAGUCACAACAUAACGAGGUUUAUAUUAUAUCUUCUUUCGUAUAUAAUAGUGUUCGUCGUUUAAAAUGGUAGUUGAAGUAGAAAGCUUCUUCGGUGUCUACAUGCUGUACUGCAUCAAUCCGAAAUUCAAAGGUCGUAUCUACAUCGGCUUCACUGUGAACCCUGAGAGAAGGAUCGGACAGCACAACGCCGGCCGACACAGAGGGGGAGCGAAGAGGACGAGUGGAAGAGGACCAUGGGAGAUGGUCCUCAUCAUCCAUGGCUUUCCAUCUGAUAUUGCUGCACUCAGGUUUGAGUGGGCAUGGCAGCACCCUCACUCGUCCAAGCGGCUGACCCAUGUCUCUCGGCGCUCCAGAAAGGAGUCAAGUCUGCAGUUCCAUUGGCGUGUCGUAUCCAGUAUGCUGCAGGUGGCGCCAUGGAACAGACUGCCGCUUACAGCUCGUUGGCUCAAACAGGAAUACAGGAUGGACUUUGAGCCCAGUCUGCAGCCUCCUCUGCACAUCCCCAUCACCUUUGGGAGUGUGAGGGCCAAGAAGAAACUGCCGGCGGUGUCUACAGAGGAGCAGGAGGAGACGAGGUGCUGUCUCUGCAGAGGGAUAGUCAAGGCAUCAGAGAAGCUGAGCUGUUUCCACCCAUCCUGCAAAAUGACCAGUCACCUCAUCUGCCUGGCCAGACACUUCCUGAAGUCAGAGCCAUCCCAUCUCUUACCAGUCGAGGGCAAAUGUCCAGCCUGUCAUCAGUCAGUGCUGUGGGGGAGUCUCAUUCGCCAUAAACAUGGGUGCUUCAGGGAUCUGGAAGAGACCACAGCAUCUACAUCCCAGAGCCACUGGGCAGAUGAGCUGCAGAUAUGACAGAACUGUCCUCCUUCAUGAAAUGUGAUACUAGAAAACAUAGCAAAGCAUUAUGUAGCUUUUUUUUUUUUUAAAUGUAAUUGAAUGUCCAUUUAUGUUUCAUUAUUGUAAAACUGAUCAUGAAGUAUCACUUUGACAACUUACAUGCAUUUUAAGCACCAAAUGUCUGAAUUAUUGAUGCAUUUUCUGUAUACAGUCUACUUUCACCACUUUUUAAAAUAUAUUGUCGCAAAUAAAAUAUGUUUUAAUGUUUUUUAAGCGUAAACGGAAUUAACAAAAAAUAUUUAAAAUAAAUUAAAUGAAUACAGCGGCCUGCACAAUACACAAAAUACACCUGAAAGUUGCCGUGCCUAGUCUGUAAACCACAAGAGUGUAUCAGCAGGAAGUCAUUCAGUUUUCGGUAUCUCAGGUGGUCAAGUAAAGACAGCUGUAAUGACUGUGUUUAACAUGAUUCAAUUAUUGCUGCUGAAGUCAAAAUUUUAUGCACAUUCUAAGAUACAGCUCAUCCUUGUCAUCUUUAUGGCUUCAUUUACAUUGUUUUUUUUUUAUGUCAUUUUGAUGCAGAAAUUAAAACAAAUAAUUGUGAAUCUUGGUGCCAUCUUGUAUUUUAUUGUUUCUGAUUGUUAGUGGCAGUGACAAAAAGUAAAGAAUUACUAUGUGAUGAACAUUUUCACAUGAACAAUCAAAGUUCUUAUUAAAAAAGCAUUUAUGUACAUUAUUUGUAAAUUUUUUAUAAUAUAGACACACCUGUACCAUAGUGAUGCGAUGAUAAUUUCAGUCAGAAAACUUAAAAAGGUCAAUUAUAAAACUUUUUCCUGCUUGUGAUAAAGAAAAAUGUUCUAAAUAUGCACACAUACAAGAAAUGUAAAGAAAUCUGUUAAUAUCAGAGUAUGUUUUUCCUAAAAUCCUGAAAUGAUAGCUAAGUUUACUCUGUUUUUUUGUACUAAAUGAUAACUAAAGUCACAUUUUAGCUGUGAUAAAAAGAAAAACGCUAUUGACCGUAAAUCAUGGGAUGUGUUCAUGACAGAGUAACUAUGACUAAAAUACUCACUUUCAUAUGCUGUCUGAUUUUACUAAAUGCUAGUAAAAGUAGCAUUUUAGCUGAUAAAUGAUUAAAUGGUUAAAAUGAAUAAACACAUAUAAAACAUCAAAUACAUAUAUUAAAAAAAUAUCCUGAAAUGUGUUCAAAGUUACUUUGACUAGAAAUACUGACUCAAAUUUCUAUGGUAAUGUUUGCUUUUAGUAAAUGCUAAAAACUGAUAGCAUGUGAAAAAUAAAUCUGUAAACACAUUGUAUGAAAAGUGUUCGAGCCAAAAUAGUUUUAACUAGACUGGUGAUAAAAUGAGCACACAUAAAAAACAUAUAAAC